AUGGUAGAGAAAGAAGAUCAAUUUAGUUUUACAUCAAUAAACCUGAAAAAAGCAAAAGGGUUUAUGAAAAUGUACCCAAAAGGUAAAGAGAGCGGCGCAGUUAUGCAACUACUAUAUCUGGUCCAAGAGCAGGUCGGAUGGAUACCUGAACUUGCCAUGCGUUACGUUGCUGACUUAUUGAAUGUUCCACACAUGCGUGUAUAUGAAGUAGCAAAUUUCUAUACUAUGUAUAACAUGAAUCCAGUGGGUAAGUACUUAAUACAAGUCUGCAGAACUACCCCUUGUUGGCUGUGUAAUAGUGAAGAAAUUCUAGAUGCCUUCAAAAAGAGGCUAGGUAUUGAUAUUGGUGAAACAACUAAGGAUAAUCUAUUUACUCUCACAGAAGUUGAAUGCCUUGGUACAUGUGUCAAUGCUCCUGUAGUACAAAUCAACAACGAUUUCUAUGAAAAUCUUACUCCUGAAAAAGUGGAAGACAUCAUAACAAAGCUUUCCAAUGAGUAG